AUGCUGUUGUGGACUAGUUAUUCUAAUACUGAGGCAUUUCCGUUUUGCCGGGGACAGUCAAUCGAAUGCCCUUUUUUUUCCAAAAAACGUCGCGUACUUUUUGCCGUAUUUGAUCUCGGGCUUGAAAUUUUAGGCCAUGUUGCUCUUUAUAUAGCUAUUUUAGCAUUUUUGGCAGCAUGCUACGUCCUAUUCGCGGCAUAUAGUACAGAAUUUUUAUGUGUUGGUGUAUUUGAAGAUAAUGCAGUUGCUACCGUCACCACCAUGCAUACUUACAAUGAGGCAUGGAAUGCCUCAGAUACAGAAGAAUUUAACAAAACAUUCGCUGCAUGCUCAACCCACAAAUCGGUGUACAAUAGCUUCAUUCAAGAUCGUUGGCUAUUCGAGAAAAACUUUGGUGACACGCUCCCGCACCUGGAUCUUGAUCCAAUUCGAGAAAAAUUCAAUGAAAUAAACGUCUCUUAUUUGACCCCAAUCUAUGAGAAAUACAACAACUUUGUGCAGGUAAGCUACACGUAUAGUUCGAUCAAGGCACGCCUCUGUUUGGGAGAGGCGCGGCAUCUCUCCCAAAUACUCCCAGCGAGUCUUCAUCUCUCUCUUACCGACAAGCAGAACCUUAUUCAGGACGUUCUAGACGUUUUAUUCUGCAAGUUUGAAUUUUGUUUCUCGGCCCAUUACUUAUUUACAGUCGCACAUCUACCUUCACCAGCACCAUUGUCUGGAACCCUUUCCACGGUGAACGGAUGGGCGGACUCCCCUCACUAG